AUGCACAAGUUAUCACCAACCUCAAAUUUCUGUGAAAGGAAUGAGGGCCACCCAAAUGUAUCCAAUCCCCAAUUACAAGAUGAGACCAACAUGUUCACCACUUUGAUUCCCAAAUCCCCAACAUGUCAACACCAUCAUCACCAAACACAAAAUCCCCACAAAACCCAUUUGUCCCUGGCCCUCACCGAAGCCAAGUGCAUUUCCAACAUAUCCUUCUCCAUGAUCCUUACUGGCCUACUACUCUAUUUCCGCUCCAUGAUCUCCAUGCUCUUCCUCGGCCACCUCGGAGAACUCGCUCUUGCAGGUGGCUCCUUGGCCAUCGGAUUCGCCAACAUCACUGGCUACUCUGUUCUUUCUGGCCUCGCCAUGGGAAUGGAACCCAUCUGCGGUCAAGCCUUCGGAGCCAAAAGGUUCAAACUUAUCGGCCUCACCAUGCAGAGAACCGUGCUACUUCUUCUCCUCACUUCGCUUUUCAUCUCAUUCUUUUGGCUCAACAUCAAGAAACUAUUACUCCUAUGUGGCCAAGAAGAAGACAUAGCGAAUGAGGCUCAAUUCUAUAUAUAUUACUCUCUCCCUGAUCUUAUAUUACAAUCGCUGCUGCACCCUCUACGAAUCUACCUUCGAAGCCAAUCAAUAACGCUUCCUCUCACGUGCUGCGCCGCUCUCUCCAUUCUCCUCCAUGUACCCGUCAAUUACCUCUUUGUCUGCCUCCUCAACCUCGGAAUCAAAGGCAUCGCGUUAAGCGCCGUUGUCACAAACUUCAACCUCGUCGCGUCGUUGGUUAUUUACGUUGUGGUCUCGGGCACGCACAAGAAAACGUGGCCGCGUAUUUCACGGUCAUGUAUCAAGGAAUGGAAAAGGCUAUUGAAUCUCGCGAUUCCGAGUUGCGUUUCCGUUUGUCUGGAAUGGUGGUGGUACGAGAUAAUGAUUUUACUAUGCGGGUUGUUAGUAAACCCUCAUGCGAGUGUUGCCUCCAUGGGGGUUUUGAUUCAAACCACGGCUUUGAUAUACAUUUUUCCGUCGUCUUUAAGUUUUGGAGUUUCCACGCGUGUUGGAAACGAGUUGGGUGCAGGGAAUCCUGGGCGGGCGAGGAUUGCGGCGAUUGUGGGACUCUGUUUCAGUUUCGUGUUGGGAUUCUCUGCUUUGGUGUUCGCGGUUUCGGUGAGAAAGGUUUGGGCGUCGAUGUUCACUGGGGAUGGAGAAAUCCUUGCUUUGACGUCGAUGGUGUUGCCUAUCAUUGGGCUUUGCGAGCUCGGGAACUGUCCCCAAACGACGGUUUGCGGCGUUUUGAGGGGGACGGCGAGGCCGAAAUUGGGGGCGAACAUAAACUUGGGUUGCUUCUACCUUGUGGGCAUGCCUGUUGCGGUGUGGUUGGGGUUCUUUGCAGGGUUUGACUUCAAAGGGCUGUGGUUGGGGAUGUUGGCGGCGCAAGGGUCUUGCAUGAUCACGAUGAUGUUCGUGUUGGCGCGGACCAAUUGGGAGGGUCAAGCGCUGAGAGCUAAGGAACUCACGUCAUGUGAUUCUAACGAAGAGAAAAAACCAGUGGAAGUGGAAGAGGAAGAGGAAGAAGAAAAAGAGGAGAAAGAGGUUGAACACCAAGUGGCCAAAGGUUUUUUGGGAUCAUGUGCCACUAAACAAGUCUCUGAUUUAAUUGUUUGA